UUUGUGAUAUUUCAAACUUAUUAAAUUAAAGAGUAUUUUGAACUUAAAUAAAAUUUUAAUAACUAAAUAAUAAGUAAAAUUAAGUUAAAUAAUUAUAACAUGCUCAAUUAGAUAAAUAUAUUUUUUACCAUUCAUACGGUUCCUAAACGUUUUUUUAAAUAAUUGGCGGUAAAAAUGGUGUCGGGUGUUUUUAUAUUUUUAUUUCUUGUGAAAUGUUCUUCGGCUGUGAUUUAUAGAAUAAAUGAGAGCGAGUAUGACAGAUUCCCGCCACUGUACGGUCUGGACGACUACGAGGCAUGUAUGCUGGACCCGGAUGCUGUGUACUGCGUGGGAGACUACGAUCUCUAUUCUGAUGAAAAGUCCGAACUGAUGAGUCUUCUGCAGAAAUAUUCGGAUUAUACACUCAAACAUUUCAAUCACACGCAAAUACACCGUGGAGUUUGUGUUACGAAGACAUGCAAACACUUUAUGAACAAACAGACAGUUAAUAAAACGGAGGACCUAGAAUCGACCCUUGCGGCAUGCCUCAACGAAAGUGUUUGGAACGAUUAUCAACUUCAAGUUAAACUCAAUAAGAUACAAUAUUGUAAACGAGCUGGUGAGAAACAAACUGUGGAUAUUAGUGAUGCUAUGAUGGCGAUUGUAUGUUUGGUUAUCAUAGCAUUAAAUGUUAUAGGCAGUUGUUAUGAUUCUACGUUCUGGAAGAAGGAAGACAAAGGAAAUCCAUAUUUGUUAUCGUUUUCUGUGCGCAAGAAUUGGAGUAAAUUGAUAGCGCCUAGCGAGAGAGGAACCGAUCCCAGACUUGACAGGCUUAAACUUUUCAAUGGAUUGAGAACAAUAACGAUGAUCUGCGUCUUCUUUUCACAUGCAACUCUUAUCAUGUCAUACUCCUACAUCUCCAACCCUCUGUUUGUUGAAAAGGCAUAUGAUGAUCCGCUGAAGCAAUUACUGUACAAUGGGAGUCUGGUGACGCAUUCCUUCUUCGUGAUGUCUGCGUUCCUACUGGCCUACAAUCUUCAGAUACACAGCGAAAAACACGUCAUCACGUGGAAGCAUUUCCCGAGGGGAGUACUCCUGAGGUGGCUUAGACUAACCCCAAUGUACGCGUUAAUGUUGGGCACCAUAUCAACUGUGAUGCGUCACAUGGGCGACGGCCCGCUGUGGCAGCUGGUGGUCACCAGCGAGUCGGCCGCCUGCAGACAGUACUGGUGGGCGCAUGUCCUCUACAUCAACAACUAUAUCUACGACGACGCGUGGUGUACACCGCAGACUUGGUACCUGGCAUCGGACACUCAGAUGUUCGGCCUCUGUCUGCUGCUGUGUGUGAUGAUGAAGACCCCUCGGUCUAGGAAGAUAAUGCUGACGGUGCUCUUCGUGUAUUCAUUGCUGGUGGUAGCUGCUCACACGUACUUCCAGAACUUGGACGCUGUGGUGUUGCAAAAACCUGAAUCAUUCCGCAGCGUGUAUGCUUAUGACGCCACCUUCAGGCUGCUGUACGCCCGCGGCCACACCAACCUCUCCACGUACACCCUGGGCCUCGCCGGCGGGUUCCUCACUUAUUAUUUACAGACAGAGAAGAAAGACUUGAAAAAUUAUAAGAACUAUCGUUGGGCAUUUUGGUUGUUGUUCCCUAUGGGUGUGGCCGUUAUACUAUCCGGUGGUAUCUUCUACAUAGACGGCGUCACUCUGCCCACAAUCGUGACAGUCCUGUACGCGACACUCUACAAGCCGAUCUUCCAAAUCCUUGUAGUCGCUUUUAUCAUUGGAUGCAUUCUUAAAUUUGAUACGGUGUACCGCGGCAUAGUGGAGUGGCGCGGCUUCACUUGGUGCGGCCGGGUAUCCUACAUCACAUUCUUCGUGCACACACUAUUCCAGCGAGCAUGCCUCGGACUCCAGACCACGCCCUAUCACAUGUCGGAAUAUAACAUCUCAAUGCUGCUAUUAGCAACAACAGCUGGUUCCUUCAUUGUGGCAGCCAUUUUGUGGGUCCUUAUAGAAGCGCCCAUCAAUGGCAUCACGAAGAUAUUCAUGCAACCGCAAACAACAAAACCACCAUCAACUCAGUCAACACAACAAAAUGGACAGUUGUAAAUAAAUUUGUU